AUGUCAGAUACCGAAGCGUAUCAGGAUCCGAUCAUAGAUCUAGUUAAAGACAAUGACUUAUUCAAAGAGAAAGAAAAGACUAAUCAACUUAUUAGGCUAAUUGACAGCUUCCCGUUGACUGAGCGGAGGAUAUCAAAGCUAUGCCACAAGAGCUUUGCGAUUCUUCAGCGGUUAGAGAAAAUAUCUUUGCAGCUCAAGAGCUGGGAAUUUAUGUCUCUUACCAUUAACAGUGACACACACUUCACCAAUACAGAUGAUUUGAUUAAGAAUUUCAACAAUAACAUAGCGGAAAAGGUGCUAGAUAUAUCGCAAGAUUUAAAUCAGAAGUUGACACGAAUCUCGGUCGAUCUAGAUCAUAUCACUAUAGGUGUACGAAGCUUAACGCCUAUUGAAUACAUAUCGGAUAGUGGUACGGUCCUUUCUUCGCUUUUGUUGAAAAAUGUUAAGUUAAAAGCUGAAUUGGCAGAUAAAUUGACGGUUUCAUAUUCAAUAGCGAAACUAAUUGGCAUCGGAAAAGAACUAGAAGAGAUGUCAGCAAGUACAGAUGAUGGUACGAUAUCGUCGUAUAAAAUAUUCAUACUAAGUAUUUUGAAACAAUUGAAUAGCUCUAUCGAGGAUGAGGAUAUGGAACUUAAAUACGAAUGUUUGGCCGUGAUCAAUGACAUGGAGAAAAUGUUCAACGCUUUCAAGUUACAAAAAAUGAAAGAUGCGUUCCUUGAUCAAGCUCUCUUACCUGAGACAGAAGAAGAUGACGAAUACGAAGAAUAUGAUGAUACUCCUUCGCCAGACUCCCCACAUGAUCAUCAUUUGAACCAAAGUUCAUUUUUGCAUAAUUCGAUGGAAGACGCUGAUUUUUAUAAUUCUGAUAGCGCAUCAUACCUAUAUUCUUCAAACUAUUCCCAGUCCCCAAUGGUUCAUUCAAUUACUAAAAACAGCGAAGCCAGUAAAUUUCAUAAUCAUGAAAAUGACGAUGGCAUGUCUGCUAGUUUGCUCCAAAAGACAUCAAUCACAAGUGAGCUUCCUUAUUUGAUGUCUGCAUUUAAUUCCGCAAAAAAUUUUGAAGAAGAUGUUACACAUUACAAGAAAGAGGAGAAUUUGGAUCGGCAAACGGUGAGCAAACGACAACUGGAUCCCCCAAAGAAGAAUAACAAACCUGUAUUCUCUCAUAAAUCCCAUUUACCAGAAAGUGUAUUAUAUUCUGAGAGCACAAUCAUUCCAAGAUCGACUUCUCCAGGAAUUUCAAACUUGUAUAGAAAUAAUUCAUUAUUGGCUAAGAUGGGAAUAAAGCCUCAAAUUAUCUCCACAAAAGCUCCCAAAAGAGAGUUAAUGGACUCUUCAAAGUCAAAUCUGGAUAAUAAAGCAUCGAAGCAGAUACUUCUUGAAGGUGGAGGAAGUGAUAAAGAAAACGGAAAGACUGAAAUGGCUCUUACUGCAGAGAAUUUAGAGAGGUUUAGUCUUGCAAAUUUAAAUAAGAGGCCACUGUAUGAAGACUUUGUUGAUUAG